UCACUGCCCCCGGUGCCGGGCUGCGGGCGACGCCGCGCUGCAGCCGCAGCUCCCGCCUGACCAGGGUUCCCGAGCCAACCGCGUAGACACGUCAACGCUUAGAAAACAAACUCGGCCACACUGAACCAGACAUCCCGGUUGGAGGGUCCAAAAUGUUCCGGGCAGUCUGCGGCGGGGUGGUGGUUGUUGGAUUAGUUAGUUAGUCCUGACUGUUCAGGUGUAGGGUUCUUUUUUAUGGGGGUGGGGGGAGGCUUCAAACACCUGCAGGUUGGGGGCGGAAAACUGUGCGCGAUUCCCUCGGCUGAUUGGCGAGGACGUGAGGUAAUUCCUAGCCAUUGACCCCCAUCUCUCUGUCUCCCUCCCUCUCGCCCUCCCUCUUUCUCUCCACCCCCAUCUUUCCUGGAAACGCGCUCUGGGCGCGGCAGACUGCCCAGGACCACACCGCGGCCUAACUGCUGGUCUCUCGGAGAGAGAGGGGGGGAAAGCACAGACCCCCGUCCACCGGCUGGACCUCGGCUCCCGCCCCUCUCCGGAGGAGGAGUGAGAUCCUAUUCAGAAGGACCGGUCUCUCUAAAUAUGCCCCAGGAUGACGGAGCGGCCGCCGAGCGAGGCGGCACGCAGUGACCCCUCGCUAGAGGGACGGGACGCGGCCGAGGCCCGCAUGGCCCCCCCGCACCUGGUCCUGCUGAACGGCGUCGCCAAGGAGACGAGCCGCGCAGCCCCCGCGGAGCCCCCUGUGGUCUCUGGCCCGGGCCUGUACUCCGCUUGCUGUGAGGGUGUCCAUUUCCCGGCUGAGGCCGCUGAGACGGUGGAGAGAUGGAGACAGUCAUGCUCCUAUCCCCAAUUCAGGUGUGAGGGGACCAGGGUUGCCCUUGUUUUUUCAGGGCUGGGGGGCUCAAGAAUAUGUGGGAGGAUCGCUAAGGAGCCUCUUUCUCCCCUCCAUCCUACAUGCGAUCCCCGUGAUCUGCCUGCUCCCUCCCACAGUGGGUUCUUUGGGGAGCCGGAUGCCUUCCCUAUGUUCGCCACCAACAACCGAGUGAAGAGGAGACCCUCCCCUUACGAGAUGGAGAUUACUGAUGGUCCCCACACCAAAGUCGUGCGGCGCAUCUUCACCAACAGCCGGGAGCGAUGGCGGCAGCAGAAUGUGAACGGGGCUUUCGCUGAGCUCCGCAAGCUGAUCCCCACGCAUCCCCCGGACAAGAAGCUCAGCAAGAAUGAGAUCCUCCGCCUGGCCAUGAAGUACAUCAACUUUCUGGCCAAGCUGCUCAGUGACCAGGAGGAGGAGGGCACCCAGCGGGCCAAGCCUGGCCAGGACCCUGUGGUGGGGGCUGGCGGAGGUGGGGGAGGAGGAGGGGGUGGCGGGCCUCCAGAUGACCUCCUGCAGGACGUGCUCUCCCCCAACUCCAGCUGCGGCAGCUCCCUCGACGGGGCAGCCAGCCCGGACAGCUACACGGAGGAGCCGGCGCCCAAGCACACGGCCCGCAGCCUCCAUCCCACCGUGUUGCCCGCCACUGAUGGAGCAGGCCGUCGGUGAUGGUCCGGGGCCGCCCAGGACCAUCCAGGAGGGUGCCCGAGGCCGCUGGGCCGGAGGGCUUCAGGGCAGGUGGGUGAGGAUUGGGCAGCUCUGAAGCAGGGCAAUGGACUUGAGCUUUCCUUGAUGUCUGAACUUGGGCAGCCCUGACUGCCCUGGGGCUGGCUGUCCCGGUUCCUGCCUCAGCAGGAGAACAGAAAAAUGGAGCGAAGUGGUAGGUACUUUUUAUGAAGACGGCACGGUCUUCCCCUUCCCCAAAUCCCGAAGACUUCUCAAGGAAGAGGCUUGAGUGGCACUGCUUUUGGCCUGGAGCUUGGGAGCCCUGUCUUGGCUGAGACCUGGGGUUGUCAGCUCUCACCUGAGGCGUCCAGCAGCCUCUGCCGUGCCAUUAGCCCCUCCUGAGCUGGCUGGAGUGGCUUUUGUGGCCACUCCGUCCAAAUAUAUAGGUACCCAGUAGCUGCCCAUUCUUGAGCCCCGUCUUCUCCCAGGCCCACGUUGGUCCAUUCAGCUUGCCAGCUCCUGCAAAGUCAGGAGCUCGAGGUGCCUUCUUCAGGGCCUGGUUGAAGAAGACGGCCAGUGGACAGCCCGGUCUCGACUAGCAGGGCCAGAGGGUCAGAAAAGCCAGGAGCCCUUACUUCUUGCCCUGGGGGUCAAGGCUCUGCCUUCUUCCCACUGAGACUUGCCUUCCUGAUCCUUGUGGCUGCGGGGGCCGAGUCUGCAGCUGUGAGCAUGUGCCCCAUUGGGCUUCGUGCGAAGGCAGAGAAACGGGAAAAUGACUAGGGAGAAAUUGAGCCAGAGCUGUUUCGGGCACGCGGGCUUCCCAUCCUGGUGGUGUCUCAGAGCUGCCUGCCUGUGUUCUCAGCCGCACGCCACUGCUCAUGCAGUGAGCA